AAACAUCACUGAGCCUCAGACUUUCUUUAACAGGCCUGUCAGACCACAAUGAUCCAGCUGUUUGUGUUCAUGUGCCGCAUUUAUACGUUUCAUUUCAAAUCUACUUCACAUUUUAUUAUCUGAUAUCUGCGACACACGGAGACUUCCUGUUAAACAGAAAGUAAACUUUGUGCGUGGGCGUGUUUGGAGCUGCAGGUGUGUCCAGCUGUGGGUUCGUUGGGUCAGCAGAGGAUUUAACGGGACUUUGUGUCGGUUUGAGUUGUUUUUAAAGGAGGAUGAAGACGCUGGUGGUGUUCCUGCUCCUCAUGAACGUUUCCCAGCAUGCCCUGGCUGUGGUGGUGGAGGUGAAUGAGGGGGAAAGAUCUGUCCUGCUUCCCUGUCAGUACUCAGGUUUUAUACCUGAUGACCCCACAGUGAUGUGGACUCGCUCUGAUCUUCAUCCCAAAUCUGUCCAUCUACGACGAGAAGGAGGAGACGAUCUUACAGGGCAAAACCAGCGUUACAGCGGGCGCACAUCAAUGAGGUCUGAUGCUCUGGACACUGGAGACUUCAGCCUCACUCUGAGAAAACCAACAAAGACCGACAGUGGCAACUACACCUGCUCCAUCAGUGAUGGGAGAGAAGAACUGAGACUGAGAGAUAUACAGCUGCAGGUCAAAGACCACCAGGUGGAGGUGGAGGUGGAGGAAGGCUCAGAGUCUGUCAUUCUGCCCUGCAAAACUACAGCUGACCUGCCUCAGGACACCAGAGUGGAGUGGACUCGCUCUGACCCUGAACUGAUGGUGGUUCAUGUGUAUCCAAACAAAAGUAACCACCUUGAUGACCAGGACAGUUUUUACAGAGACCGAACAAAGAUGAACAAAGACCUGCUGAGAACUGGAGACCUCAGUCUGACCCUGAAAUACCCCACAGAGAGAGACAGUGGAGGAUACAUCUGCACCAUCUACAGGGACAAAGACAUCCUGAGACAGAAAGUAGUGCUGCAGGUCAAAGAACAGUUUCCAUCCUGGGCCAAAGCUCUCCUGGUUCUCCUGGUUCUUCUUGUAGUUUCUGGAGGUCUUCUAUAUUAUUUACGUCACUAUUUCAUGUCAGGUGAGUGUCUCCUACUACACUACCCAUAAUGCCGAUGGUCAGCAGGUGUCCUCUGGUGGCUCCUUGACUGCGGCUCACACAAACUUGUUCCAGAAGCUGAAAGAGUUGAGAGUUACAAACAGCUGAUACAGAGAGC